AUGUACAUCGACACUCAUACUUUUCAAACUUGUUGCAAGAGUAAAUCGACCCACGUAAAGAGGAGAAACAAAAUGUUACCUAAAAGUCAUGUAAUGUUAUCCUACCAAUGGGACAAUCAAAAACUUGUAAAUGAAGUAUAUCAUCGGCUGAGUGAAAAGAAUAUUCCCCUAUGGAUGGAUAUUCAUGGAGGAAUGAAAGGACAUUUGAGCGAGAGCAUGGCAGCAGGAGUAGAAAAAGCAGUAGCUAUAUGUUGUUUUUUAACACCAAAAUACCAAGAUAGUGUUGCAUGUAAAGAUGAAUUAACUUAUGGGAAAGAACAAGGUGUUUGCAUCAUUCCAAUCCGAUUAGUGCCAAAUUGGAAACCAACUGGUUGGUUGGGAUUUACUAUAACAGGACAUAAAUGGAUUGAUUUUCGUGAUAUUGACACAAAUAUGGAUUUAAGAAUCGAACAAUUGAUUAGUGAAAUUCACAUGUUAGUCGGAAAUAAAUUGGAUUGUUUUAAAGAUAUGAAACCUUUGAGUUUCGCUCAAAACAACGAAGAUGAACAUGAUGAAGAACAAGAUUUUGAUUCAGGCUAUUAUUAUCGUUUCACGACGCAAUGGAAAGGCAUUAAUAAAUCUCUUGAUGUUGUCAAUGAUGAAAAAAGUAAUAAGGAACUUAAACUUGCUACAAGUGGCAAUUACAGUGGUCAAUAUUGGAAAAUAACUCCAGUUGAUAAUGGAUAUUAUCGUUUAACUACGCAAUGGCAAGGUGAUGGUAAAUCGCUUGAUGUUGUUAAUGAUGGAAAAAAUUAUGAUAAUCUUAUACUUGAUAAAAGUGGUAAUUGUAGUGGACAAUCUUGGAAAAUUACUUUUGUUGGAAAUGGAUUUUAUCGUUUGACAACACUGUGGCUCGGAAAUGAUAAAUCUCUUGCUGUUGUCGAUGAUGGAAGACCUGAGAAUCAGAUCAUGCUUGCUAAAACUAACAACUCUCCUACACAGUUAUGGAAAAUAACAAAAAUUACUUAG